AUGGAGGUUGAGAUUGGCGACGACCCAGCCAUGGCGGAGCAUGCCAACAUCGCGGAGCUGCUUCGAACAAUCCUGGCGCAGCAAAAUACUGCGAUCCAAAGCCAAUUUGACAAUUUGACUAAGCAAUUGGCCGAACUUAGAACAACUGUAAACGCCCCUGUUCAACCGAGGGAUGUUGCAGGGGAAAUUCGGGUGCCUGAACGGAAUCAAAUUCAGGGCAAUUUUGAGUUGCCACCACCAGAAGCAGGACAAGGGAACAAUGUUGUUGAUUUAAGAGGCAUUAAGCUGCAAGUGCCAUCGUUUUGUGGUACGAACAACGCCUCCAUGUAUGUGGAUAGGGAGCGUAAAAUUACAUUGUUCUUUCAAUGCGGGGAGUACUCAGAGCCUCAGAAGGUGACCCUCGCAACGUAUGAGUUCAUUGAUUAUGCAGCACAGUGGUGGGAAAAAACUCAACUACGAGGUCGAUAA